CGCUCGUCUGGAGCUGGUCUGAGGCGUUGUGGUGCUUGCGGCCUAGGCUCCGCUCACCGGAAGCGCCGCUUACUGACAGCCUUUUUAUCGCCAAUUCGCACCCCUAAAGUGGCAUCUUAACGUCAAACUGGAUCGAAUUAAACCUGAUUCGAGUUUUCUGAUAGUCGCUACCAUUUGUGUGCUAUUUCCGUCGAAUUUUUCGUACUUCAGCUGAGCCUCGGUCUAACGUAACGAGGUGCCCGCCUCCCAGCUGCCCUCGGCUGGGAUGGGGUUGUCGGGAAAGUCCGCUGGGAGCCUGCUGCGUUCUUCUCAUUCGGCGGCUUGGCCAUGGCAGAUGCAGGGUUUGACCCUGUGGUGUUCCGGCUUGGACGAGGGAUGAAGACGCGGCCAGCCAUUCUGCGGAACUCAACAAAGGCUGCAGUCACUGACGUUAAGCAGACUGGCCCGGAUGAGACCGACAGUGUGUCGAAGGGGCCCGUCGCUCAACUACAGGCCUCAGCUCUGAAGAGGACCACGUGCGGAGAUAUCACCAAUGUGUGUGUGAACCAAGCUUCAUGUGUUUCAAGGAGGAGAACCAAGAGCACCAUGAAAGCUCCACGGAAACAGCCAAUGAGAUCCAAGCGAGAGGCUGGAGCACCUGAGAGCACCAACGAGGACCUGCUCAGCUGGUUCCUUGAAGAUGAUGGACUGAGCCCUGUGACGGAGGUGGUGGCGGAGACGCAGUCUCCAGAGAGCACCGGCGUGUCCCAGAGCCUUUUGGAGGAAUCUGUGCCCCCACAGCCUCGCCUGUUCCACCUCUCCGUAGUGUGCAGCCUGGAGGAACCAGUCAUGCCAGCCGUCUAUGCCGAGGACAUCUACAACUACAUGACCCAGCGAGAGAAGCACUUCGCCCUAGUGAGUUACAUGCACCAACAGCCUGACCUCAAUAUCCACAUGAGGGCCGUUCUCAUCGACUGGAUGGUGGAAGUACAGGAGAGCUGUGAGCUGAGGCUGGAGACCCUGUACCUGGCCGUGAAGAUGGUUGACCGCUUCCUAUCCAAGCAGCUGUGUGGCCGGGACACCCUGCAGCUCGUCGGGGCCACCUGUCUGCUCAUUGCCGCCAAGUUUGAGGAGUUCUGCCCACUUUACGUCGAUGACUUCCUCUACAUCUGUGACGGCAGCUACAGGCGGGAGGAGAUGCUGAAGAUGGAGAGGCAAAUUCUGCAGGUGCUGGACUUUGAUAUCAACGCGCCAACUGCCUACCACUUCCUGCGGCACUUUGGCAAGUGCACCGCGGUUGGGUUGAAAACGCUGACCCUGGCCCGUUACAUCUGUGAGCUGACCCUGCAGGACUACAGCUACGUGGGGGAGUGGGCAUCGAGUGUGGCAUCGGCCGUCCUCUGCCUGGCCAUCAGGAUGGACAGUCUCGAGGGACAGCCACGGACACUGCAGCAACCAGCGGGCUACGUCAGGAGGAAGACACACGGGCUCCUGGGCCGGCUGAACCAGAUGGUCAGGGAGCAGCCACACAAGAAGCUGCGGGUCAUUUACUCCAAGUACUCCCGCCGAUUAUCGUUCGAAGUGGCGAAGAUUCCUGCUCUGGGAACUGUGGGGCUGGAGGAAUUGGUGUCCGGAGAGGAAAUUUCCUAGGAGCCCACCCCAAUUCCCCCCGCUGGCAGGCUGCCAGCUCUCGGCCUCCGGACAGACACCCUGCCCCUGGCCCUGGCCCUGAGCAUCACCUGUGGUCCUCCCCGGGACCCCCUUCCCCACUCUGCUGGAGCAGGAGAUCUUCCUGCCCUGGGAGAUUCCACUGGACCAGGAGAAUCUCCCUGUUCCAAGAGAUCCCAUUGGAUUUUGGGGUUCCUGCUGGACUGUUGGACUGGGAUAGCCCUUUGAUUGUGGGAUGUCUUUGGUUCUGCAGUUUCUUCAGUGGUGUUCAGCGGAACAGCCCCGACUGUGUACUGGAGCCCCAGCAACAAUGGGUUUCACGUGUUACUGUGGUUUUAU